AUGAUUCUCAAACCCACGACCAGAGCACACCAAUCCGCUGGGAAAACCUCUAGGACACCAUUUAAAGACCAAACUAAUAGAAGUUUCAAUGCAUUGUUUCCAUACAUUGAUUACAAUCGAUUUGGAAUGGAGUGGGUGGAUAUUGUUGAUGAGAUUGAAUGGGUGAACAGACACAUGAAUGUUGAACCCAGGAAUCAUGAAGUACCAUUCGACUUUGGAAAUGGAACAUUAGGACAAACAUCUGUUUUCAAAACAAGAGCUACAUUGCAGUCCGAUAAGAAUAUAUAUAAGGGAACUUUUAUCGCAAUCUCCAUUGUAACAUUUGACGACAACGUCCGUCCACGGAAUAGGGGAGGAGAUUUCUUUUCCGCUCGAAUGUAUAAUGAUUAUCUACAAAAGAGCACAGCAGGUCGAGUAAUAGACCAUGGGAACGGCACUUACUCCGUGUAUUUCUACGCGGCUUGGGCAGGAAAAGCUCAAAUGACCAUAGCGCUUACAUUUGUGAGGGAGUUCAUCCACUAUAUCAAAGAUUCAUUGAAAACAAAAGAGCAGUUACUUGAGUUUACAGGAACUUACAUGGACAAAAACUUUACCGAGGAAACGACUUGUCGUCUGAUAAAUGAGGGGGUAUGGAGUGACAUGUGCGAAUACACAAAUCAGAACUCCAUUGGAAAAACUGUACUUGUGUGCAAUAAGCCCAAGAACAUCGACUGCUCUAAACUCUAUUCAAUGAGUGUUUUAGCA